CAGUUGUUCUGUACAUAUACCUUUCGCUCGAUUUGUUUGCUUUUAAUUCUCCGGAUUUGAUCUGUUCCGCGACUAAAAUAUAGUACUUGAAAGUGUCGACGAAUAAAAGCCGGAAAAGUUUGCCAAAACGCGUGCAAAGAACCAAAAGAAAAGUUUUCGCUUCGUUGACGGUCGUGUGCAGUAGCCUGCAACACCAGAUCUUCGAGCAGCUUCUACCGCAGCGAAUCCCGUCCGUCGGGUAGAGGUGAGCGUGUAGAAAACGGGUUUCCCCGAAGAUUUACACAUCUUGCAGAAGGAAAAUCGUAAGAUUAACUGUACCGCUCAACAAUCCAUUGAGACUAGCCUUGUUACGAAGAAUUCCCUCAUUGAAUAAUUCAACGGAACUGGUGCAUCGACGCAGGUUUCUGGUUGUGUUAUCCAGAGAACAGGAACAUAUCCGGAACAGGUGACUGGAAGACCAGGUGGCUGAAUCACAAUGGACAGCAGUGUAGCAUUCACGAUGGAGCCAUACCGCAGAGGGGCAUCGUUUGCCGAUUGGUUUACCCGGAUGACAUAUUUCUUCCGUGUGAACCAGAUAGAAGAUGAGGACAAAAUGGCCUAUUUUAUCUUCAUGAGCGGUCCAGUCAUAUUUUCCGAACUGAAGCUCCUAUUUCCGGUGGGAAAUUUUGAAGAAUCAUCGUUAGACGAUGUAGUAGAGAAGCUAAAAAAUCGUCUGGACAGAACCGACUCUGAUAUUGUCCAACGGUAUAAGUUCGCUACCAGGGUGCAGAAUCCUAGCGAAAGCACGGAAGAUUUCAUUCUUGACUUAAAACUCCAAGCAGAAGUUUGCGGUUUCGGAAAUUACAAGCAAAUUGCUAUUCUUGAUCGUCUCGUAGCAGGUAUAAGGGACGAAAAUCUAAGACAACAUCUUCUUAGCGACGAUAGGUUAACUUUGCCAAAAGCAGAACAAAUUAUCGUGACUUGGGAGGUAGCUCAGGCAAACACCGGCACCGCGCUUCAGCAACAUGGUGGGCGCCCUAGCUCAAUUUCAGCAGUGAUCGAUGGCUCUAACCAACAAUUGGGAGUAGCAGCGACAAGAAUGGCGAAAAUUAAUGAAUUGGCGAAAAAGCACAACAGUCGUGGUGAAACCAGUAGCGGAAGAGGACCGGUCAAAAGUAAUCAGGAAACCAGACAGGCGGACAGAUGGCAGCACAGAUACCGAGGAGGACGUCCCUCUGACUCGGGAGGUUCUCACCGACAGGAUGGAAGACCAAAUGGAUAUCGACGACAAUGGCUGCGGCCGGAUUACUCUCAAAUGACAUGCCGUUUCUGCGGGGUGAAAGGUCACAUCCGGAGGAAGUGUUUCAGGUUAAUAAACAUGAAUCGGGAGGCGGUUAAGCUAGUUGAUUCGGCACCGAUGGCCCCGGAUGUACACAUUUCCGAGCUGUUGCAGAGAACGAGUACUAAGGUCGAAGAGUCGAACAACAGUGAUUCAGAUGUGUUGGAAACACGGUCGCAAUGGCGCACAAGAAGCAUAUCAGAGUAUAUAAGGCGAAGACAAGGGCCCACCGCUUUGAUUAAGGAGCAGCAACACGACAAUUGUAAGAAGUAAUCCGACAAGGACUAGCAAUAUCGGCGCAGACUCCGAAGGGAGGAAGGAAGAGAUGAAGUCAGGACUCCGAAAACGGUAGCCUGGUGCUGCGAAGAUGUAAGCGAGUGAAACAAGUGAACCGUGUAAAGAAUAUUCGUUAUAACUGAAUUUUUAGUGAAUUAUUUCAAAGAUUUUGAAUUCGAUUUAGUUAUCAAGGAGUAUUAAAUCACAAUAUACUAAUUGAAAACUCCACUUUGUGAUUGUUUAAAAUGUUCAAAGUUCAAACUAGUUUAGAGGGGAGGAAUUGUUGGAUGUAAACUGCGCAUCCCUAUCGAAAAGUCAUUUGACGCUUGUCACAAUGACGAAUCCGAACAAGCCGAGCCGAAUGGCUCGA